CUGCUCUUGAACGGCGACAAUGGCAACCGCAGCGACCAUGACACCCGUCGUCCCCUCGAAUGGACCACAACAAAAGCGCAAACGGACUCGUUCGCGUUCACCUGAAAACUCCGAACAGCCUCCUUCGUCCAGGCGGAGAUCUCUCUCGCCUCCGCCUCCUAGUCGUAUAGUUGAGGUACCAAAGGUCAGCGAUGUUGACCCUGUGCGUCGCGCAGAGCGAGAGAAGCAGCUCGCGGCGCGGUUGGCAGCCAUUGAGCUGGAGAAGUUGGGUCGGGACAAGGACAAGGACAACAAGGAGCCUAGCUUUGAUCCGAAAGCUGAGUUUGCGAAACUCACGAGCACUCGGUCUGGCGGUGUCUACAUGCCCCCGGCGCGUCUGCGCGCCUUGCAGGAGGCCGCGUCGAAGGACAAGACGAGUGCCGAGUACCAGCGACUCUCGUGGGAUGCGCUGCGCAAGUCCAUUACCGGUAUCGUCAACCGAGUGAACGUCACGAACAUCAAGCAUAUUAUCCCCGAACUCUUCCAAGAGAACCUUAUUCGUGGCCGAGGUCUUUUUGCGCGCAGCGUCAUGAAGGCGCAGGCGGCAAGUUUGCCCUUCACACCUGUCUUUGCUGCUCUCGUGGCGAUUAUCAACACCAAACUUCCUCAAGUGGGCGAGUUGGUACUCACUCGUUUGAUCAGUCAAUUCCGACGUGCAUUUAAGCGCAACGACAAGAUUGUAUGUCAUUCUACGACGACUUUCAUUGCCCAUCUUGUCAACCAAGGCGUCGCACACGAGAUCAUUGCCCUCCAAAUCCUUGUUUUGCUACUUGAACGGCCGACAGACGACUCUAUCGAGAUUGCUGUUGGCUUCACGCGUGAGGUCGGCGCCUACCUCGCUGAGAACUCGCCUAAAGCCAACGCAACGGUCUUCGAACGCUUCCGCGCUGUGCUGAACGAGGGCAACAUCAGUCAACGUGUCCAGUACAUGAUUGAGGUCCUAAUGCAGGUGCGGAAAGACAAGUAUAAGGACAAUCCGAUCAUUGCAGAGGGCCUGGACUUGGUAGAGGAAGACGAUCAAAUCACUCAUCAAAUUCAGCUGGAGGAAGAGCUACAGGUACAGGAGGGCUUAAACAUUUUCAAGUUUGACCCGAAAUACGUGGAGAAUGAGGAACGAUACAAGGCUAUCAAGGUUGAGAUUUUGGGCGAAGAUUCUGAGGAUGAGGAAAGUGGUUCGGAGGAAUCAUCUGAGGAGGAAGAAGACGAGGAAGGCAUGUUGCAUUUCGCGACUGUGGAGGAAAAGGCCGGUAUCGAGGACCGCACGGAGACUAACCUCAUCAACCUUCGCCGUAUUAUUUACUUGACGAUCAUGAAUGCAUUGAACUACGAAGAAGCCGUCCACAAACUAUUGAAAGUUCAGGUUCAAGAGGGCCAAGAGAUUGAAAUGUGCAACAUGAUAAUCGAAUGUUGCUCGCAGGAGCGAUCUUACUCCACUUUCUACGGUCUGAUCGGUGAACGGUUCUGCAAGCUCAACCGAAUUUGGAACGAGUGUUUUGAGCACGCUUUCGGGGAUUACUACACAACCAUUCACCGAUACGAGACCAACCGACUCCGCAACAUCGCCCGCUUCUUCGGACACUUGAUAGCGUCAGACUCUGUCUCGUGGACGGCGAUGGAGUGCAUCAAGCUGACGGAGGAGGACACCACGUCUAGUAGCCGUAUUUUCAUCAAAAUCAUGAUGACUGAAGUGACGGAAGCUAUGGGCUUGAAGACCAUAGUGGAGCGGUUCAAGGACCCAGAGGUUCAGGCCGCGUGCAGGGGUAUGUUCCCGUUGGACAACCCGAAGGACACGCGCUUCGCAAUCAACUACUUCACGAGUAUCGGCUUGGGUGCCGUUACCGAGGAAAUGCGCGAGUACUUGAAGAAUGCCCCGAGGAUCAUCAUGGAGCAACGCCGAGCCAUGUUGGAGGCUGAAUCCUCGUCGUCGGACAGUGAUACCGAAUCCGAUGAUUCCAGCGAUGCUUCCUCUGACUCAGACUCAGACCCCUCAUCGUCCGAAAGUGACACAGCCUCACGCUCUCCUCCGCGACGUGAGAGUGGCCGAGGCAGAGACUCGCGUUCGCCACCACCCCGUCGCAGCAAUGGGCGCGGACGCGACGACUCACGGUCGCCGCCUCGUCGUUAUGGGCGUGACGACUCACGAACACCUCCGCCUCCUGGCCGGCGUGCCUCUCCUUCCCCGCCUCCUCCUACACGCCUCCGGGGUGACAGGGAUGCCGACCGUGACCGGUACAAGUCCCGGAGGGAUUCACCCCCUCAUCGCCGUGAACACUCCCCUCCGCGGAGACGCGAGUCGCCUCCGCGCCGCCGUGACUACACACCGGAUCGGCGUGACCGAGCGCGCGCGCGCACUCCGUUAUCGCCUUCGCCUCCCCCGCGCGCCCGAUAUGACAGCCCGCGGCGAAAUGGAGACAGGGACAGAGAUGCAAGACCGUCGAAGAAUGGCUACGACCGCAGACGGCGGGACGACUCGAGGGACGACCCUAGGGAACGGCGCCGGUCGGUCUCGAGAGAUCGGUACGGCCGAGACUCGAGGAAAUGAUUUCCACACAAAGUUCCGGUGUUAUGAUGCCCGCAAUGUCAUCUAUCAUGUCACGCUCUGUACCUGGUUGCCUGUAAUGCCACUGCUGCUAUCUUGU